ACGCCCAUGUAUUCCGUAUGAAGCUCAGUCAGCCAUUUCCGACGCGCUGCCUGCGACACACUGGGCUGUCGUGCAUCUUGGACACCUAAGAAGAUGGACAUGACGACAAGCCUGAUCUACUUGCGAAUUCCUCCAAAUGUAUCCUACUGAAUGUGAAGUUCUGGCUCAUGUCACCGCGGCCAGUGGUGCGCGAGACGACAAGCUAUACACUUCUAUCGCCCAGGGUAUCCUCGAUUUCCAACCAGUGUCAAUAACAAAGGUAUCUGAGGUCGAUUUCAUUUUCACUUCUUCCCCUUCUACAGCAGCACAGACACGAGUGGACAGAGGUGGUUCCUCCGUCAAUACCAGAACACACCCUUCCGUACAUUCAGAGAUACCUCGUCCAAGGACCGCACCAGCAGCAACUUUUGUAAGGGAGAAUUUUGAACUAUCAAGCCCCAAAGGUCGCAGACGUGCGCAUUCCCAGACCUCUUCCUCCAACAGCUCCGAUCCUGUGUUCCAGGCCAGCACGUCGCGGUCUCCUCAGCAUGAUAUCGGCACCCGGAUCAUUGGCUCUGUACUGCCGGAGUCGUCCGAGAAUAGUCUCGUUGCAACUCACAGACACUUCAGGAAGAGGCUACGUCUUACAGGCCCUGAAAAUGAGCAACCCAUUAUGAUCGAUCACAACGACGCGGAGCCGACUGACCCAGCAACACCGAGAGAUAGGGAACAAACAGCACCAACAUCAACCACCAAGGUCGGUCACCGGACAGAUAGUCCUUCUGUGCCAUCCACAGUAUCUCCUUCACAGCCUCUGUACUGGACCAAGAUCGCACGACGUUCAUCGACGCCCAAACCUCGUCGUUCCCGAUCCCAGCCCGCGAUCGAUGUGACCACCCCAGCGCGUCACAGUCGACCGGCCAGCCAGCCCAAAACCAGUCAGCACACGUCUCUUGGCUCGCUAAUAUCGCAACUUCCCAACGAAGUCCGCGGACCCAAUCCCAAAGGCGGCCAAGCAAGAUACAAAACCCAUCUGACAACAACAUUGCAAAAGCUCGCUGUUAGAGUCCCACUCUCGAAACACUUCCGCCCAGCCUUUGUCGCGCGCGAUGUCAAUGUAUUGGAGCGCGGCUUCUGGGAGUUCUCAGUGCAGAUUGUCAAUGAUCUUGGCACGAGGAGAAGCAGGCGUACAUCUGCCGACCACAGCGUCGAUAGGCCUCCUGCGGCACAAUGGGCCGAAAAGGAGUUUAUUCAAUUCUGGCAGAAUGUCAGCCGCUUUGUGUCAGAAGGCAAGGCUGGAUGGGGUACGGCGAUGGUCAAAGAGGCAGCGGAAGAUGGCACGAUAUGGAACAUUAGGAUAUUUACGUGGGGCGAAGUUCUGGGACAUAUUUGGCUUGUUCUUUGGGUUUUAUCUGAUAAGGCGACUGGGCAGAUUUAUAUGCAUUGGGUCGCGGGCGAUGGUUCUGUCAUUGUUAAGAUGUCGGGUGCGAAGCAUAAGGAUCACAGAACUUGGAUUAAAAAGGGUCCAGCCAAGGGCGAGGGAGGCGUUUGGGGGAUUGCAGAGGAUUUGCCUGCCAUCUGAGUACCACAGUAUCGAAGUCAUGCGAUGUUUUACUUUUGCGAAUACCCAAGAUACCCCGACUAUGGUCAUCACUUUGCCUUGUCCCAAAUAUCAAGAUGA